GGAAGUAAUUAGUUAUUAUUGCCUGUUUCACGUUGGUCUACGUAAUUAAAAUAAUCUGUGCUACAAUAGCAGCACGAAAAUAGACACUUGUUGUCUUUUCUCGUUUUAUCUGUUCGUUUUACUUUAUUUUCCCUCGCCGUAAUUAGUAUUUAGUUGUUAUCAAUUUACUUUAGUGUUUGUAGUUCACAUUUGAAAUUGAUUAGAACGACGUAAUCCCAGUGAGGGUUUACGUGGCUAGCUUGGCUAACAAGUGAGGCUAGCUAAACUAGAAACGCCAGCUGCCUUGUUUAGCAGGUUGAGAUAGGUACUUAGUUUUGCUAAAUUCAAAUUAGCAAGUGAGUCAACUACAUUUUGAACCGCCGUAUUUUAUGAAGAUAUGUAACGCCUGGUUAUGGUUGACGUUUCUGGAAACAGCUAGCUAGUAGCUAGGUAGCCUGUCAUACUUUUCAUUCUGGCUGGGAAUAUUGAGCUAUCCACCCAACCUUAGCUAACCAUUCACCACCUGGCAAAAAAAUCACCAUGGACUUCGAAAAUGUCUUGUCGAUCGCCUCCCAAAACCAGGGCCUCAGUAGCGUACCGAAGCGGUACAGUUUACAAACUGGACCACCCAAAAAGGACCCUAAAGUGAAAGGUGUCAACUCAGCAGCUGUGCAGGCUUUCCUAAAGAAACAAGAGAUGGAGAGUAAAAAGAAAGAGGCCAUGAGUAUGAAAAAGAAAGAGGGGCUUCUCGCCAAAAGGGUGGAGCUAAAGUCUGACCGCAAGGCUCGAGCGAUGGCAUCUCGAACCAAGGACAACUUCAGGGGCUACAACGGCAUCCCUGUGGUGGAGGAACCCAAGAAGAGGAGAUCAAAGGGGGAGAGGGGCGAAGAGCAGCAGAGGAGUGACACUUACGAUGAAGAUGAUGAGGACACGUAUGAAUACGCGCAGACUGACUCUGAGCCCGAGUCAGAACCGGACCCGGAACCCCAGAUACCCAGACAGGCUGUUCCCAACUCCAAGCCCUCAAAGAGACCCAGCGGACCAUCUAAACCCGCCCCUCUACCCAUGAACUUUGCCGAGCUGCUCAAACUGGCCCAGAAGAAGCAGUUUGAGCCAGUGGAGGUGAAAGCCAAGCCGAGCAAGAAGGGAGAGCCGGAGAGGCUGCGGACGGCCGAUGAGAUACGUGAGCUGGACCUCGAACGCAAGGCUAAGCGGCUUGAUAAAGGUAGCAGAGACUCCAGACCCCAGGAGAGAGAACGAGAUAGAGAUGGGGACAGAGAUAGGAACAGAGAUGGAAGAGACAAAUCCCAGGCCAGCUCAAGCUCCUCAAGGAAAAGCACUUCUGACAGAGAUGUAAGGAACGGGAAGCAGCCACACAAGAGCUUGUCGGAGAGGCCCGUCCCCAGUGGGUCGGGGAGGAAGCCAAAGCCCCUGCUGCCAUCUUGCUCGUCGAGCGAAAGAAGCCACCAUGGUUCUGCUAAGCCGUCUCAGGACAGAGACCGAGAUAGAGAAAGGUCCAAAGCAAAACCUUCUCAGAGCUCCUCUUCCAGCUUGUCAGGUGCCUUAAGCAGAAAAGCCCCCACCAAAGGAGCCUCCUCUCAGGUCUCAGCCAAAAACCCCACACCCAGGCCCACUUCAGCAGGCCACAAACCCACUGCCACAAGUGACCUUAACACCCCCAGGAAGGGAAACGCCUCACUAACUCCAGGGCGACCCGGCAGCUCCGGGAUGAGACCCAGCACAGCUCUGAGUUCCGUCCAGGCUAGACCACAGGGUUUGGGCCAAAGCAGGCCACAGCAAGGGGGCUCUUUGGGGCAGGCUCGAGCCAGCCAGGGCAGCUCAGUGAGGGGUGGACCCACCGGAGGACCCUCCAGGCCCGGAAAGGGAGUACCGGCACGACCUGGUGGUAGCUCCACGGCAAGACCAGCGAGUAACGAACAGAUGAGACCCGCUGCAGUCGGUCCUCUCAGGCCAGGAGGGCCACCUCAAGCCAAGCCGGGUGGAGGUGGUGUCCAAGGUCGCCCUGGUGGCGGAGGGGUCAGACCUCCAGGGAAUGCACCCAGUCGGCCUGGGGGUGGGGGACCCGUGCCCAGGCGGCCAGCCAGCAGUAUGGGCUCCGGGCCUGGGAGACCCAAAUGCACUUUGGUGGCCGAGACCAUCUCAUCCAAGACCUUUGGUGGAGGCAGGGGAGCGCCACCUAGUAGGCCAGGCAUGCCACCUAGUAGGCCAGGCAUGCCACCUAGUAGGCCAGGCAUGCCACCUAGUAGGCCAGGCAUGCCACCUAGUAGGCCAGGCAUGCCACCUAGUAGGCCAGGCAUGCCACCUAGUAGGCCAGGCAUGCCACCUAGUAGGCCAGGCAUGCCACCUAGUAGGCCAGGCAUGCAGCCCAGCUCAAUGAUGAGACCUCAAGGCAUAAUUCGUUCACCAAUCACCUCGGCCUACAAGAGGAAGUAUGAGGACGAGGAGGACGAGGAGUACGACUCUGAGAUGGAGGACUUCAUCGACGAUGAAGGGGAGGACCAAGACACAGUCUCCAAACACAUCAAGGAAAUCUUUGGUUACGACCGGACCAAAUACAAAGAGGAGAGUGACUAUGCAUUAAAAUUCAUGGAGAGCAGUUGGAGAGACCAGCAAAAAGAGGAGGCUAGGAGUUUACGCCUGGGUAUCAAGGAGGAUGAGGAAGAGUUGCGCUUGGAGGAGGAAGAGAUGAAAAAGAAAAUGUCAAUGAAUGCGAAACGGAAAAAAGUUUGAGGACACUAAGUUUAACACAAUCACAAUGCAGCCAUUUCCUGGGGGUGGGGGGGGGGGGGAUUUGCCCCUAGAUGACAGUUUAGCAUUUUCCCCGCUAGUGGUAAGGAUUGGGGGAGGGGAAGAUGAUCCUAAAUCUGCACCUAGGGAAAACUUCACCCUGGAGUGGAAUGGGGUGGUCAGACCAGUAGCCACUUGCUUCUGUUACAUUAUUUAUUUUUCCCGUUGGAAAGGGGCAGGGUUGCACUAUCAAGUCUUUCAGUCUUUUCCUAGCUGAGCCGCAGAGAGAUGAUUUAAUAUAAUACCGAUUAUGACCUAUUUUUGAAACCCAUAGAAAAUGACAGAGCUAUCAUGUAAAGUGUGAUUGCCUUGCCAAGUUGUGAAUGGCAAUCAUGUUGUAUUUUUCCCCAUACAGAACCAAAAACCCACUGGUCCAUUUUUUAAAUGUAUUCUUCUUUAAUGUAAAGGGGCAGUCAGCAGUUGAAACAAUAAAGCAGUGUCCCCGCCUCUUGUUUCAGUAAAUGCUGUGGGAUGGGGCUGGAGAAAUGUAACCACUCUCAAAUUCAUAGGCUAUGGAUGCAAGGGCUGGCCAUCCAUGAUAUCAAAAUUAUAGUUUUAACCAUGUUUUGAUUCUAUAUAGUGUUUGUUUACAUUUACUUUGUUUCCAAACAUUGGAGUAAAACAAGCUUAUAUUUUGUGUUCUGUGUGGAUAUGACAGUUGAACUAAACUCAUGAGGCAAAUUCCUCAAGAAUCAGUGGGUACAUAUCAUUAAUUUAUACAUCAGAAAAUGUAUGUAGCAACUGCAGAUUGCCCCUUUAAUGAUGGAGAAAAAGAGACAUUGCCAGAGACAUUUCAUGAAACAUGUUGCUAUUUUCUUGUUAAAAAUAUUUGACAUAA